AUGAUACAACCUCCAUCGCCAGAAGCAUAUUCCAAUCUCCCCCCCAAGCGGACUCUAGAGCUAGUCGGGACGAAAGAGGCAGGAAAAUCAUCGUCAGCAGGGGAAAACAGAGUGGAACUAGUGGAAGAAGAUUGGUCAGAAAUCAUGAUAUCCCACUUGUCUGGUGGAUUUGCCCAGCACAAAAAGGAGGAGUUUCAACUUUCCAAUGGUUCAAUUGUACAUAUUGCCUCUGCGCCAUCUCUCACCCCAAUGGACAUGGUAGAUUUGAGUUGGGGACGAAACGAUGCAACGGGACAUUGUAUUUGGACUGGUGCUAGGUUCUUUUUGGAUAUUCUGAUACCUGCACUGGGACAAUUAUUCAUCGAUCGGUCCAUUUUGGAGCUGGGCAGCGGCACUGGUUUAGUCGGAAUUGCCAUUGCUAAAUUGUUUCAAUUAAAGGAAUUGAUUCUGACAGACGCAUCAGAAUCCGCCUUGGAACUCUGCCGAUACAACUGUGCCCUCAACGAAGGCAGCAUAAUAAUUGGUGUGGAGGAACUCACAUGGGGCGAGAGCCUUUUAACUUGCAACGACGAACAAUCAUCCACACUCCGAACAUUUGAUACUGUUUUGGCAACCGAUGUCUUGUAUGAUAUUGCCGCAUGGGAACCAUUGUUGGUGACAGCUUCCAAGUCGCUCAACGCUAACAAUGGGGUAUUUUUAGUAUCACACGUUCCUCGGGCAGCCCUCCCUGAUGGUUGUGUCGCAGAAUCACUGGAAUCUCAUCUCAUUCAAGUUGCCUCUCAGCACCAUUUUCGGUUGGUCCACACAUAUCAGCCUUCCAACUUUUCCACAAUACUCGACGACUGGGAGUCACUGCAAGAGAGAGGUGUUGCAAUAUUUGAAUUUCAAAAAAUGACUGUCAUUAAUGAUUGA